CACAUGUAAAAACUGAUGCGUGACACGAAACAUUUGUAACACGAGCUACACAAACCUGUCAUUUGAAGAGGAUAUACUACACGAAAACAUUCUUCAUACGACAGUACAUGUAGGCACGCACUGAAUUCAUUACUCUAGUCUUUAUCAAACGAAAGUACUAGCCACAUUACUAGCCUAAUAGAGGUUAUCGUUAGCAUUUUAUUACCAUAAAUGGCAACGACAUCUUUGCGACACCAAGAUCAAGAUGGUUUGAAUGUUGAAACCAGAAAAUUUACCAUAGUGUUCUUUGGUGAUUCUUCUGUUGGCAAGACAUCUUUGAUACUCAGAUUCUUGGGAUAUGGGUUUUCAGACGAAUAUCAACCGACAAUUGAAGACUUUUUCAUUAAACAUGUAYUUUAUAAUAACAAGACAUGUGAACUUCAACUGAUUGAUACUACGGGAACGUACGAGUUCCCCGCCAUGAGGAAAGUGGAUAUCUUGAAGGCUGAUGCAUUUGUUCUGGUUUACACUCCAAACAACCCUGUUUCCUUCAAGAAGUUGAGUCGAUACAGAAGUGAGAUACUCGAAGAAGGAAAAGACAAAUGCCCAUGUAUUGUAGUAUGCAACAAGAGUGACCUUGGAAGGGAUGUUCAACAGCCAAUACUCAGGGAUCACAGAGGAAUGCAGGUCAGCGUACAACAUUUAGUAGAAAACCAGUGGAGGUGCCAUUGGAUGGACUGUUCAGCCAAAGAAAAUUAUAACGUUGAACUUAUAUUUUACAGGCUUUUAGAUGACAUUUGUAAACUAUAUCAAACUGAAACACCUCUUCGUAAAAUAAGUUCUUUACUACAGCUGCGGAAAAAAUCGGUUUCUAAACAGUCUUUGGCAAGUCUAGACCACGAAAACACAAGAUGAUAACCUAGUAAUUCAGCAGUGAUAGAAUUCUACAGCCGAACACAAAUGACUAUAUACUAGGGCGAUAUUUUGACAUCUGAAGUGAAAGUUCAGCUCAGUCGUAGCUACGACUUCCGAGUGGCAUCACUACUUAGACAAAGAUUUCAGCGCGUGCAAACAGGCAGCAGACAUUGGCAAUGUUAUCAUCGAGUUUUCCGGCAUUUUAUUUUACCUUCUGCAAACCUUCUCGCAUGCAAAAGACAAAUAUUCAUUCAUUUAUUUGCUUUUUUUUUAAAUUCUUUUUCAUUGAUUUUGAAGAAUGUUUUAGUGCUUGUCAUGACGAUCAACUGACAUUUCACGUUAGUCGCGCGUAAAAGAAUGCUUUUUACUCUCAAAUAUCUUUUAUGUAUCAUUUUGCUAGAAUCAACACAGGGAACCCGGCUAUAUAUUUUUUGCUUCUUUUAGAAAAUUAACUUUGCUCUUUGUGGGCUUCCUGUGUUGUGAUCAGUUUCCUUUUACAUAAGGUGUAAUCAGAUCGGCGCUGUAAUCAGAUCGGCGUGGUAAACUGAUAGCCAAUUAAAUUCAAAUCAAUAACCGUU